UUCGCCUCGCAACAACAACCGCAGCGCAACGCGUUCCAUUUAUGCCCAUACACGUAUGAAUAUUUUGUAACGCGUUUUGUAGAGCUCGUCGCUGCCGUGCGCGACUUGUCAUAGCACAAACAAACAACCAAAGUACGUAUUUUUCGCGCUGCAGAGAGUGCACAAAAAAAGCUGCUGCGUGCCGUCGUCAAGUCGUGUUCCUGCGCGCCUUGCAGCAGCUCCGAAAAAGGCCAUGGUGCGCGUUCGGCAAUUCUUCAUCGUGUAAAAGCUGUGUCGUGAAUAAAGUUUGAAAAUCGUAUUCGCACGGUUGAGGGUUGUUUGCACACCCGCCGUUGUUUAUCAUAAUAUAGUGUGUGCGUGUGUGUGUCUCUCUAUUAUUCUGUCCUGCGUUGGUGUUGUGCUUAUACAAAGUGCGUGACGGUGUGUGCGUGUGCGACCCAUAGUCUAUAUAUUGCAUAUAUAGUAGACGUACGGGGGUGCGAGAUGGUGGGUGUUUCGAGGCACAUCGGCAGCCACUGCCGGCGCUAGUCGCCUCCUGUAUUUAUAGUGGCCGCAGGCCGGACAGGCCAGAGAGAGAGAGAGAGCCGAAAAAAUAUUUUAUAAUAAAAAAUAAAAAAGGAUCAGUGCCCUGCGUUUCGAAUAUUUCGUUGUUCCUUCGAAUUCCUUUACGUUGGCUUCCGGGAGUCGUAGCUCCCAGCGGAGGAGGCGACGACGAGGUGGAGCGUUUCGUUGAACCUUUCUCGAUCGCAACGACGGCGCCGGACUCACGAUGAUGAACGACAAGAAUUACAGCAAGGGCUGCAGCCCUGAAAACGGCGUGCCGGACAUGACGGUGAUCAGCGACAUCGACGAAAUAGGGAUCAAUCGCAAUCUGCAAGUCCGCUACAGCCGAGAUGAAAUAUACACGUACACAGGAUCGAUCCUCAUCGCGGUGAACCCGUACAAGGAGGUCGACGUCUACACUCUGCAACACGUGCAGCGCUAUCACAAUCAGAAGAUGGGCGCCCUGGAGCCGCACGUGUUCGCCCUGGCCGAGGCGGCCUAUCGCUCGCUCAUGGACACGGACAGCAAUCAGUCGUGCGUGAUAUCGGGCGAGUCGGGCGCCGGCAAGACCGAGACCACCAAGUUCAUACUGCAGUACCUGUGCUCGGUGACGAGCAACGUCGACACCUGGGUCGAGCAGCAGAUACUCGAGGCCAACACGAUCCUCGAGGCGUUCGGCAACGCCAAGACGCUGCGCAACGACAACAGCUCGCGCUUCGGCAAGUUCAUGCAGGUCUGCUUCGACAGCAAGUGGAUGAUCAAGGGCUGCAUCAUACAGGACUACCUGCUGGAGCAGAGCAGGAUCACGUUUCAGAGUAGCGGCGAGAGGAAUUAUCACGUGUUCUAUCAGCUGGUGGAGGCGGCGAGUCGCGAGAAGGAGCUCGCCGAGCAGUACAAGCUCAAGCCGGCGAGCCACUACAAGUAUCUGGCCAAGUCCAACGACGGGCUGGCCGACUUGAAGGGCUUCGACGCGCUCAGGCUCGCCUUCAAUGUUCUACAGGUGCCAGCGGAGAUGUGCGACGGCAUCUACCGCGUGCUCUCGGCCAUCCUCUGGCUGGGCAACCUCCAGUUCCAGGACGUGGACGGCGAGCGCUGCGAGCUGGCGCCCGACGGCGACGCCGAGAUCAUCGCCACGGUGGCCCCGCUGCUCGGCCUCCAGCCCGACGAUCUGCGCCGCAUCGUGCUGCAGCGCGAGAUCAACGUGCGCGGCAACAUCACCGAGAUCCCGCUGAGGCUGCAGGAGGCCCGCGAGAAUCGCCACGCCAUGGCCAAGGCCCUGUACUCGCGCACCUUCGCCUGGCUCAUCAAUCACAUCAAUCAGUGCACGAAUCCGGGCCAGGACAUAUCGCGCUUCCUCGGCGUCCUCGACAUAUUCGGCUUCGAGAACUUCGACACCAACAGCUUCGAGCAGUUGUGCAUCAAUUACACCAACGAGAAGCUGCACAAGUUCUUCAAUCACUACGUGUUCGCCCUGGAGCAGGAGCUCUAUCGACAGGAGGAGAUACAGUACUCGCACAUCACCUUCACGGACAACACCCUCUGUCUGGAGCUGAUCGAGAAGCCGCCGCGCUGCGUCCUGAAGCUGCUCACCGAGCAGUGCCACAUGCCCAAGGGCUCGGAUCUGGCCUACCUCACGAAUCUCCACGCCGAGUUCGAGGGCAACGCCUGCUACGUCAAGGGCGACGACCGGCGCAAGUGGGAGAAGGAGUUCGGUCUGCGCCACUACGCCGGUUGCGUCACCUACACGGUCGAGGGCUUCGUCGAGAAGAAUCGCGACGUGCAGCAGGACGUGUUCUUCGACUUCAUGACGCGCAGCGACAACGAGUUCGUCCAGGAGAUCACGGCCUAUCAGGAUCUGCUCGGCACGACGGUGGCGCGCACCAGCGGCAACAACGCCCCGCCCGCAGCGACGCUGUCGCGCGGCACCUCCAAGGGCAAGCCCACCCUCUGCGACUCGUUUCGGCAUCAGUUGCAGGCCCUCGUGGACGUGCUGCAGGGCACGACGCCCUGGUACGCGCGCUGCAUCAAGCCCAACAUGGACAAGCAGGCCGAGCACUACGACGAGAAGCUGGUGCUGGAUCAGCUGCGCUAUCUGGGCAUGCUCGACAUCAUCAGGAUCAGGAAGGAGGGCUUCCCCAUACACAUGCGAUUCGACGACUUCGUGGCGCGCUAUCGCUGCCUCGAGAAGAACAGGUGGUCGCUGCCCAAGGACGACAAGGAGGCGGUCAAGACUCUGAUCAAGAAUCGACGCUUGCCCACGACCGAGUGGCAGGUGGGCAAGAACAAGGUAUUCCUGCGCAAGCUCGUGCACGAGCCGCUUGAGGACGAACGAAAUCAGUUGAUCACGAGGAACGCCGUAUUGAUACAGAAGAUCUGGCGUGGACACGUGGUCAGAAAAGAUUACCAACGAACGCACAAAGCGGCGUUGCGCAUUCAACACGCUUACCGGGGCUGGAAGCUGCGCAUCGAGUUCAUACGCAAGCGUCGCGCCGCCGUGGUCAUACAGUCGCAUCUGCGCGGCGUGUUCGCGCGCGAGGUCGCCUCGGCUCUGCGCGAGCUCAGACGCGUCGAGGAGGAGAUGCGUAAGCGCGAGCGACUCGAGGAGGAGCGCAAACGCAUGGAGGAUCAGAAGGCCCUCGAGGAGUCGCAGAGCACGCAAUACAAUGGUAUCGCUGGAAUGGAAGCUGGACGAGCCGAAGAAGAGAUUAAAGCGCUCACUCAAAUGGCCGAACAAUUCAACUCCGCGAUGGCUAAUAACAAUAACAACAACAAAAACGCCAGCAACAAUAACAAAGAAUCCGUCGACCUGGACAAUUUGUUCUCGUUCUUGUCCGAUGUUCAGAAGCAGAACAAUGAGAUCAACAUCAACGGCAACAACAACGGCAGUCAGAGGAGCAGCGGUACCAAUGCCAUAAUAGAAGAGAUCGGCUUGGAAAUGGAUCAGUUGGCCGAAAAUCUGGAGGCGGAGCUGCAAUCCGUCAAGCAGGACAAGGAACCGCGCCCGGUCAAGCUUCAGAGUCCGAAACCCAUCGAAGAGCCCAAAAUCAAGGAAGAAAUCAAGCAAGCGAUAAUCAUGAAGAACACGCCGAGUCUGCCCGAGCCGACACAGCCGCCUCCACCGCCGCCGCCACCGCCACCGGCAUCGUUCAACAUCAAUGGUCUUCCGCCUGCUCCGCUACCCGUCCCCGUCGUCAACAAGCCAUUGGAGAAGAAAAAGGAGCCGAUUUACGAAAAAGUCAAAACGAGAGAGGAGAUAAGUCCUCAGGUGACUCAUCCACCACCGCCACCGAUGAUGAAUGGCGGAUCUACGGCAAAAGUCAACGGAUUACAUCCAAAACUUAACGGCGAGGCAAAAGAGCACGUACCGGCUCCACCGAUGCAAUCGACCCUCAAGAUCGUUCACGAAAUACGCAAAGAAGUUCCGGAGGCGAAGAAAGUCGCUCCGCAGCACGCCACGCAAAACGAAACAACACCCAAACCACCAAUACCCAACAAUCAUCACGUGUCGAACCAAAACCACGUGCAACAGAAUCAUCAUCCACCCAUUGCCGUCGCGCAGAAUACGAAAUUGACUACGCUCGCUCCGAACAACGUGCACCAGAAGCAAACCGUCGUCAACGGUCACAGUCACAACAAUAACAACAACAACCACCACCAAAAUUUCGGAGUCGUGCAAAACGGACACUCGCCGCAAUUGCAAGCUCACCAACAGCAUCACACUCCGACCAAGACUGCCUCGCCGUCUCACCUACAUCAUCAGCAACAGCAGCAGCAUCAGCAACAACAACACACGCCGCAACAUACGCCGACAAAGACUGCCUCUCCGUCGCACCAACAGUUGCAGCAGCAGCAGAAACAGCUGCAGGCACAGCAGAAGCAGCUGCAGCUUCAGCAGCAACAGGCCAAACAACAAGCGAAGCAGUUGCAGCAGCAGCAGCUGUUACAGCAGAAAUUGCAGCAGGCCCAGCAGGAGAUACAGUCCCAUCCACCGGCGGAGCGCGAGGCGCGGCGCAAGCAUCGGGUCGAACGUAAGCUCCAAGAGCUCGAGGAGAAAAAGCUCGAGACGGUGCCGGAGACGAAUGAGAAUUACCACGACAUCGUCGAGUUCGCCCAGAACUACUUCAACAGUCACGAGCGAUCGCCCGAGGGCACGAUCAUGGCCACGCUCACUCGUGGUAAGCAGCGAGAAAAGCGAAUCGAGUACGUACCCAAGUACGAGAUGGUCACCUACUACAAGGGCUCGUCCAUUCCGAAUUCCCACAUACACAUGUACGACCCGGAGAACGUCAACGUUGCUUGCAACGUCUUCCGAGAUCUCUGCAAGUACCUGCGCGGCGAGAUGAAGCUCGAGCAGGAGAUAAGCACGAUCCAGGGCAUAAUCGGCUACGGCAUCGAGCGCGAGGAGUUGCGCGACGAGAUCUUCGUCCAGUGCAUGCGCCAGUCCACGAACAAUCCGAAUCUCGAGUGGGCCGAGCGCAUCUGGCUGCUCCUCUGUCUGGCCAUCGUCGCCUUCCAGCCGAGCAAACUGCUCUACCGUUACUUCCUCUCGUUCCUGAAGAAGAACCUUCAGCUCGAGGGCAAACUGCGCCAGUACGUGCAGUGGUGCAUCGACAAUUGCAAAAAUACCAAAGUCUCGUGCCGUCAGUAUCCGCCGUCGAGCGUCGAAAUAGCCGCGAUGCGUCGGCUCGGCACGAUAGUCUGCCGAUUCUUCUUCCUGGACGGAAGAACCAAAGCCAUAGACGUGCAUCCGACCGAUACGGCGGCCGAUGCCGCGGCGAAAUUGGCCGAAAAGUUGGGAUUACGCUCGUUGGAGGGCUGGGCCAUCUACCAGAGCAGACCCGAUGGCGAGGAGCACGUCAGAGCUCAUGAUUAUCUUUACGAUGUCAUUGCCGCUUGGGAAAUGAAACAAUGUAAAUUAAACACGAACACGUUGCAGCGUCGUAACAAUCAAAGUUUGGGAAGCGGUGACAAUCGAUUUAUCUUCAAAAAGAGACUAUUCAAAAAUACCAAAGAACUAUCGCAAGAUCCCGUGGAAGUCAACAUGCUCUAUGCGCAGGCUGUCUAUUGUGUCGUUAAGUGCGACGACUUUCCUGUAUCUGAAAAAGUAGCCCUCCAGUUGGCUGGUUUGCAGGCCCAAGUGAUGUUGGGCGAUCCGAAGGAUAACGACCGACUGGAUUACUACAGCGAGAUCGAAACGUUUUUACCUUAUCGCAUCAGUCGAGCUCGCGGCGAUGACGUCUGGGUACCGAUACUCGCCCAGGCCCAUCGCCAGAACGGCGCAGGGCGCUCCGAAUUGGCCAGCAAGGUGCUUUAUCUAUCGUGCGUCAUGCAGUAUCCGCUUUACGGCACGACCAUGUUCAACGUCACGUACCGCGGCUACUGGUCCUACGGCAAUCAACUGAUCCUCGGAGUGAAUUGCGAGGGUCUCAUGCUUAUCAAGCCCGACGACAAGUUCGUGCUGUCGGAGUAUCGCUACCAGGACGUAGAGAGCAUCAUGCUCGACCCAAGCGACUCGUUCAUCACUAUAUCUCUGCUGAGACACGCACCCGACAGUCCGCACAAGUGUUUCGUCUUCGAGACGCCGCAGAAAAACGAGAUCGGCAGCUUGAUCGUCAGCUACUAUCCACCGCUGGCCGGCUGGAUCACCGAGAACGAGGUGCCGGCCAAAAGGCUCAAAGGAAUCACGACCGAGGAUCGCGUGAGGCUGCAUCACAAUCUCGUCAACUGCCGCCGGACUUUGGUCGACUCGGAGGCUCUGAAGAAGCCCCAGGACGCCGGAGCCGGUUUCUUCCGCAAUACCUUGAGACGACUGUCAAAGAGCAGGAUCGAAAAGCUGCGACAGGAGCACGGCGGAUCGCUGACGGAUCAGGGCGAGACGUACAAAGGCUUCCACUACGGCUACUGGGCCUUCAGUCGCACACCACUGGCGCAGAGUCUGAUGAAGCUCAACGACGCCGAGGAGCAAAUAGCCCUGAACAUCUUCCAACUGAUACUCACUUACGCUGGACUGGGUCAGAACGGCGAUCAGGUCAGACGAGCCGAGGACGAGCAUGUGAAUCUCAUUCAAACGAUGAUGGAUCGAUGCAUGCGCAAAGACACGCUACUAGGUGAAAUGUUCUUGCAACUGAUCAAACAGACCACGGACCAUCCCGAUCCGAACAGCCGAGUAAACUUGCGACAUUGGGCUCUGCUAUCUUUGGCUUGCUCGGUCAUUCUACCGCCACAGAAGAUAAUCCGCAAGUAUCUGAUAUGGCAUCUGAAGCGUUGCGCCAGCGACUACGUGACGGAGGAGGGCAAAUACGCGCGCUUCGCCGAGAAGUGCUUGAACAAGACUACAGGCACCAUAAGGCGGCAAUUGGCGCCCAGUCGCGAGGAGAUCAUGUGCACGAUCAAUCGGCGACCGCUCUACACGAGAUUCCACUUUAUGGACGGGCAGUAUCACUCGGUCGAGUUUCAUCCGUCCGCGACGGCCAGAGACGUGCUGGAACUGAUCAAAGCCAAAGUUGGCCUCGGCGAGAGCGCCAUGGGUUACGCGAUUUACGAAGUCGUUGGCUCGUCCGAUAGAGCUUUAUUACCAGUUGAAAAAAUUGCCGAAGUCAUGUCCAAAUGGGAAAAAUAUCGCACCGCAACGACGGGUAAUGGAACAAACACGCAGCAACGCAAACACGCACACUACUUCUUUUUAUUCAAGAAACAUUUGUUCCUCGAUCAAUACAUGAAUCUCGACGAUCCGGUCGAGAAAGAACUGCUGUAUCAUCAAGUUUUGCACGAUCUGCGAGCUGAUCGUUUCCCCAUCACGGAUAAAGAAGCGUUAAUGUUGUCGGCCUUGCAAGCUCAAUUGGAACUCGGCGACUGCGAAGAUCACCUGACGGUACAAGAAUACCAGACGAUAGCGGGUCACUGCUUACCGGCGCGCAUGGUUCCGAAUCUCUGCCUCGACGGAGUAGUGCAACAUCAUCAGUCCUGUCGCGGCAUGACCGCCCCGGAGACGAAGAAAGCCUUCCUCAAUCUCAUACAGUCGUGGCCUCUGCACAAAGCCACCAUAUUCGACGUCAUGCAGUCGUUCACGUCAAACUGGCCGCGCAUGCUUUGGCUGGCCGUCGAUCAAAAAGGUCUACAUUUGCUCGAGCAUCGAUCGAGAAAUGCACUUUGUACUUUUGAAUACUCAAGUAUACUUAGCUACAGUCCUGCCACUAAUUGUCUGAUGAUAAUAACCGGUACCGAUAAGAAACAGAGCAAAGUCAUUCUAGCCACUUCACAGGCAUACCAAAUAGCCAACCUCAUACGGGAAUACAUGGAGGUGCUUCAACUGCCAUUAGAAAUACGUAAACAGGACCCAACGCUCAUACAGCAAAUGCAACAGAUGCACCAUUUGCAACAGCAGCAGUCGAUGAAUGGAACAAUUAGAAAGGCCAAGGUACCCUCGGCACUUCACAGAGGCGCACCCGUCAUUCAUUCGCAGGCCUGCUAAACUUCAUUAUAAUACUGCAAUUGAUAUUAUUUUCUUAACUUUAAAAACGUUCCAACGUCCAGGCGCAUUUAGAAUUCGAUUACAUUCGCACGUUGAAGACGUUGUCGGAGCGAAACAAAUUGAAAACAUAUAGGUUUUUUGAAUAUAUCUUUCGAAUUCAUAUGUAUAUUUAAAAAUUUAACAUAUAUAUGAUUGAACUUAUAUCUAGAUUGUAAGUUUUCGUGGGGUUGUAAAAGAUGAAAAAAAGAAAAGUUGUAUAUUUGAGGAUUCAAAUGAAAGUUUGAAAAUAUCGAUUGUAAAUGAUUUUUGUAAUGCAAUGUUUUACUUUGUACAUGCUAUCGUAGUAAGGGUUUUUUUAGUUAGAUAUAUUUGAAUUGUUGAAUGUGAUUAAUUUUAUAUUUUUUUUACUUUAAAAAAAUGAGAAAAGUAUAAGUAACUUAUAUUAUUUUAUUGGUCUAACGCUGAUGUGUAUGAUGUAUAGCUUGUUGAUGGUUGUUUGCAGAAAUAACAACAUUAUUAAAAAGUUUAGAUAGAAAAAAUAAUUAUUGAAAUUACUGUAAACGUAUAGCUUGUUCAUCGCUGGCUAAGUAUAAUAGUGUCUGUUUCCGAAUAGUGGAGAUUUCAUCGUAAGUAGAUAUAAUCAUCUGACGAAACAAUGAUUUACAACACUGCCACGUAACAUUUUUUAAUUAAAACUUUCCGACUAACUGUCGAUGAACAGUUUGGUUUUCAAUAGCAAGAACAAAAAUAUCGUAAACGGCGUUUGUCAUUGAUUUAUAUAGGUAUAAGGAGGAACUUUUUUGUAUCGUUAUACACCUUACUUUAUACACACACAAUACUCCGUAACAAUCGUUGCCUUUUUUAUAUAAUUAUACGAUAUUAUAUAAACAAUAUAUAUUGUCGUUUUUUAAAAAAAUUUCAUAGUUGAAAAAAAAUCGAAAACAUAAUUUACCUGACGAUGAUUGUAGGAAAAGCUGAUGAUAUCAGUUGUAUAAAAAUUUACAGUGUCAUUUAAAUGUGUAACAUAUAGUAUGUGACGCGUGAUUAUAAUAAUUACAUAAUUGCGAUGUAACAAAAUAAUGCAUUAAUGUUUUGAAUAUUUGUCUUGAACUAAAAAUAGAUUUAAUUAUUAUGUCAAAUAAGUUGUUUGAGAAAAGACACUAACUUUUGUUAUUAUUUUCAUUUUUAUACUUAUAUCUCGAAAAAAAUAAAGUUUUUCAUUUUUAUUUUAAAGAUUAGAACUUGUAUGAAAAAUACUCGAGCUGUCCGAUAAAAUCAUCUAAUAAAUAAGCUACCGCCACGAAGAUUCUAAUUAGCCAUGUGCAAGUUCUGAAGUGCUUUUUUUUAAGAUUCAUCAUUAUUUGGCUUGAUAAUGUGAGUUUAUAAGACGUUUUUUAUAGAGUUUUACAAGGUUUUUAUGCAUCAUUUUCAAAAUAUUCACUUUUCAUUCUCAUUUUUCAUAACUCUUUGCAUUAAUCAAUGAUAUGUAAAGUUCAUUCAUUUUCUCAAACGUUACAAGCAGAUUGAUAUUAACGAUGAUGGAAAAAAAUUGUUGAUUUAUGUAAUAUUGAAUAAGUUAUUUCUAAACUUUACAAUUUUUCUAAAUUUUUAAAUAAGAGAUAUGCAGAUAGUAACUACUAAUCAUGCACAAUUAUUGAAACAUAGUUUCGUAAAUAGUGUUGUUAUAAUAUUAAUAAUGUAUCGUGAAUUUUCAAAAUGUUUAAGCUUUUGUAAAAAAAAUAACAGCUCUCUUGAAAUGAUCACCGAUAAAUUUUGAUUAUUAUUGAAUGAUUGUAUUGUAUAUAAACAAAAGUAUAUUCCAGUUAUGUAUAACAUUUUUCUCGAUUCAUUUAGACACCGGACAAAUAUUUACUUUGAUACAGUUAAAAUUUGUAUUAAUUAAAUUUUCAAAUGUAUUGAAUUUUAUGAGAGCAUUUAAUUCAACUGAUCUCAAUAAGUAGAUUAUAAUUAAAUGUAGCGAACAACAACAAUCAAGAUUGGCUCAAAAACUUUUACUGUUAAAUAAGUUUUUACUUUUGGAAUUUUAUAUGGAACCGAUAAUCUCUGAGACUUGAUUUCCAUUUUAUCUCCUUUGAGAUAUUUUGCAUGGAAUAAACUCCAAAGUUUUUUUAUACUUUUUGACACACAAACAAAAAUAUAAUCGUUUAAACUUUCUCAUUAGCUUAUAUGAUAUUAUCUUGUUGUCAGUGUGUAAAUAAAAAUAUUAAAAAAUAAAAUUGACGCGGUGAUAAUAGUUCCGUACAGGUAGCCAAAUCUUAGAAACGAACUCAUCAGACCAAAGCUUUGUUCGUUAAAAGCCAUGAUGAAAAAAACCAGAUACAUGCAUGAGCGCAAAUAUUAUAGAAUACAAAUCUCUAACAUAUAGCUGUAAACAUUUAACAUGUAUAAUGCGCGACGUUGUUUAUUAUUUUUCCAAAGCAAAAAUAGGAACACAGGCGUUUAAAUCAAUUUUAACAAUAUAUAAGAAGCAAGCCGAGCUGUGAUCCGUAUGAAAAAAAAUGUCUUCGAAAAGAUAUAUUGAUGUCGCGUAAGAGAGGAAGAAAGAGAAAAGAGUGAGAAAUGCUUAAAGUGGUGCAAAUUAUAUUAUUAUAAAAGAUACAUUAAUUGAUAAUAUAUUAAAAAGCUAUCGCUGAAAAAGUGUAUAUCGAGUGAAAUAUUAAAUUUAAAAAAAAACGCGUGUGCCUGAUGAAUAAUGUAAUUGCAAUAUGUGAAGCAUGAAUCUAAACGUGUUUGGGAAUGCUUAAACAAAGAAAAGUCGUGUUCGUUCAUCUUCGCGUUUAUUUAUAUUGCUUUUGUGUAUAUAUGGAUAUUGCGUUAUGUAUAGGAAAAAGAAUAAAAUGUAAAAUUCAGUCAUUUAACGAGUGGUAAAUUGUCGACGCGCACAACGGGAUACGUAACAAAAAAAAAAUUAAAAAACGUCUGCACGAAAUUGUGCAAGAGACGAAACGCAACAUUAUAAAAAAUGUAUCAUUAAAUCAUGAAUCUGUAUCGAAAACUACAAUAAAGUCGCAUCUUAUAUUACGAAAA